UUUCCGAACCUUGCGGAUCUACCAUUGUUUCAACGCCUCUACUCACAUACUUCUUAGGAACAAAUUGAAGCGACUGCUUCUACAACUAUCGCUCUAAAGUCCGCCCGAGGGAUUUGCAGAAGAGGGGUGGCUUGGAUUCCAAUCGACUGGCUGCCACUAGGACGACAUUGGAUUUACACGUUUGGCUCAAGGCAGCAUGGAUUGGCAUCUCAUUUUGCCAUCCGUAUAAUCGACUCCGGUUGCCAAAAUGAAUUCGCCGUUUCCCAAGUCGUCGUCUCAGCCGGGAGAAGGGCGCAUUGUUGUUAAGCUUCUACCAAACGACAUCCCAGCGCUUGAGAGCGUCUCGUACCAGUAUCCCCUCAAGCUGAUAUCACCGUCAGUUAAGGCAGACAAUAAGAGUGUGUUGGUAUUCCUUUUAUCUUAUGGUGGGGGCCUGGUCGGUGGUGAUCAAAUUAAUCUCUCAAUCGAUAUGCGAUCCGACUCCAGGUUGAGUAUAGUCACUCAAGGACAUACCAAAAUCUUCAAGCCGCUCAAGCCAGACACUGUGACCAGCCAGACGCUGCAAGUUGAUAUCAAUGAUGGCGCUGCACUAUGUCUUCUCCCAGACCCGGUUCAACCGUUUGAGGGCAGUAUCUACGAGCAGACCCAGAUCUUCAAGUUGAAUAGCAGUGCAUCGCUAUAUCUCUUGGACUGGGUUACACAUGGACGAGCUGCCCGAGGAGAAAAUUGGGAUCUUGUCCGGUGGACUGGUCGCAACGAGAUAUGGCUAUCUGGCCAGUCGUCGGGCGUGAAGGACAGGCUGCUGGUCAGAGAUACCGUCAUCCUCGACGGAUCUCCCAAAGCAGCCCGUUCGAAGCACCUGCGAGACACAAUGCAUGGCCACGCUGUCUUCGGUACCCUGCUGCUUCGGGGUCCACUGACCAAUUCACUGGGUAACUUCUUCCUGUCUGAAUUUGCAGCGUUGCCGCGACUUGGUGCUAGAGAUUUUCGCACUGCGAAAGAGAAGGAAGAAGCAGCCGAGCACUCUCCGCUCGAGAGAUGGCGUGCUUUGAGGCUCAAGAAAGAGACCCAAGACCAGGUCCUCUGGUCAGCAGCCAAUGUACGAGGAUGCGUUGUUGUUAAAUUUGGAGCUGCUACAGUGGAGGCCGGUAGAAACUGGAUAGGGUCGAUGCUUCUGUAUGAGGGCAGUGUUUGUGAUGACUUUGGAGACGAUGCCCUCAUGUGUGUGCGGUGAGAAUCGAUAGAUUCUGUUUCGAGAAAGUCAAACAAGAACAAAACGGGGUCCAGUCACUGAUACGAGUAGGGUCACUGGAUAUCUCAUGCUCUCAGAUGAUACUAUAUUGAAAUCUCGCCUACAUGCAU